UCUCGCUAUUUCGCCAGCCAAAACUGCGGCAACUUUCCCGACCCAACCCAGUGAGAAGCGGUUUGUACAGGUAUCGGAGAGAUGGUACCCACCGGAGGCAAAAAAGUGAAGAGGGGAAUUCUCCAACGUUUGGAUGCUGGAGAGGUUGUAAUUGGAGAUGGGGGAUUUGUCUUUGCCCUUGAGAAAAGAGGAUAUGUGAAAGCUGGACCUUGGACUCCUGAAGCUGCAGUUGAACACCCAGAAGCAGUGAGACAGCUUCAUCGGGAAUUCCUCCGAGCAGGCUCAAAUGUCAUGCAAACCUUCACCUUCUAUGCUAGUGAGGAUAAAUUGGAAAAUAGAGGAAAUUAUGUUGCAGAGAAAAUAUCUGGGCAGAAAGUGAAUGAAGCUGCUUGUGAUAUUGCCUUAGAGGUGGCUGCAGAAGGUGAUGCUUUGGUUGCUGGUGGAGUUAGUCAGACACCAUCAUACCUGAGUUGCAAGAGUGAAACUGAAGUGAAAAAAAUUUUCCGUCAACAAUUAGAGGUCUUUACAAAAAAGAAGGUGGACUUUCUGAUUGCCGAGUAUUUUGAGCAUGUUGAAGAAGCUGUAUGGGCCGUUGAAGCCUUAAAAGAAUCUGGAAAGCCAGUGGCUGCUACAAUGUGCAUUGGCCCAGAAGGAGAUUUGCAUGGUGUGCCACCUGGAGAAUGCGCAGUGCGUCUAGUGAAAGCAGGAGCUUCCAUCGUUGGUGUGAACUGCCAUUUUGACCCCACAAUUAGUUUAAAAACUGUGAAACUCAUGAAAGAGGGUUUGGAGGCUGCCAGAUUAAAAGCCCAUUUGAUGGCACAGCCUUUGGCUUACCAUACUCCAGACUGUGGUAAACAAGGAUUUAUCGAUCUCCCAGAAUUUCCAUUUGGUCUGGAACCCAGAGUUGCUACCAGAUGGGAUAUUCAAAAAUAUGCCAGGGAAGCCUACAACUUGGGUGUCAGAUACAUCGGGGGCUGCUGUGGAUUUGAGCCUUAUCACAUCAGAGCGAUAGCUGAGGAGCUGGCUCCUCAAAGGGGCUUCCUACCUGAUGCUUCUGAAAAGCAUGGCAGCUGGGGGAGUGGUUUGAACAUGCACACCAAGCCCUGGGUUAGAGCAAGGGCAAGGAAAGAGUAUUGGGAGUCUCUAUCCCUGGCUUCUGGUAGACCAUACUGUCCUUCCAUGUCCAAACCUGAUGCCUGGGGAGUGACCAAAGGAACAGCUGAGCUAAUGCAGCAAAAGGAAGCUACAACUGACCAGCAACUGAAGGAACUCUUUCAGAAACAGAAAUUCAAAUCUUCAUAGCCUGAUGUAAUGCAUGUACUUGUGUACCUUGGGUGUAUUAACACUCACAAUUUGUAAACUUGCUCUCAAAUUGAAUAAAAAUGCAACUUAAAAGCAAAAAUAAAAA